AUGGCUCGUCCGCGUUCACCUGAGAGAGGUACUCUGAGAAAUGCUUUCUUCCAAAUCCCAUACGAGUUCUUCUGCGAACGAGGGUUUUCUGGUGGUGUCAGAAGCAGCAGCGAUAGAAAGAUGUCUUCUUGUUACGAAGAGAGAUUGAGAGGUGGUCUCGUCAAUAUCAAGAAGGAUGAUGCUGUUGCUCUGUUUCAAUCCAUGAUUCUCUCUUUUCCUCUUCCUACUGUCAUAGAUUUCAAUAAGUUGUUUACUGCAGUUGCCAGAACAAAACAGUAUGAUCUUGUUUUGGAUCUCUGCAAGCGAAUGGAACUUCAAAGGAUUGCUUAUGAUCUCUACACUCUCAACAUUAUCAUCAAUUGCUUCUGUCGUCGUAGUAAACUUGGUUUUGCUUUUUCUGUUAUGGGAAAGAUGUUGAAACUUGGGUAUGAGCCUAACACAGUCUCGUUCUCUACUUUGAUAAACGGUUUAUGUCUCCAAGGUCGAGUUUCCGAAGCUGUGGAGUUGGUUGAUAGAAUGGUGGAAAUGAAGGUUUUUCCACAUCUCAUCAUACUUAACACUCUUGUCAAUGGGCUUUGUCUCCAAGAUAGGCUGUCUGAAGCAAUGUCUUUGAUAGAUCGAAUGAUGGCUAAUGGAUGUCAACCCGAUCAUUUUACCUAUGGUCCAGUUAUGAACAGAAUGUGUAAGUCAGGGAACACUGCCUUGGCCUUGGAUCUUCUCAGAAACAUGGAAUAUAGAAAGAUCAAACUCGAUGCUGCCAAAUAUAGUAUGAUCAUCGAUAGUCUUUGCAAAGAUGGGAGCCUCGGAGAUGCACUCAGCCUUUUCAAUGAAAUGGAAACCAAAGGUAUCAAACCAAAUGUCUUUACCUACAACUCUCUCAUAGGAGGCUUCUGUUUUGCUGGAAGAUGGGAUGAUGGUGCACAGUUGCUGAGGAAUAUGAUUACUAGUGAAAUCACACCGGACGUUGUCACUUUCAAUGCGUUGAUUGAUUGUUUUGUCAAAGAGGGAAAGCUUACCGAGGCUAAAGAGUUGUACAAUGAGAUGAUCACAAGAGGCAUUGAUCCAGAUAUAUUUAGGCCCUGUUUGUUUCUCCAUUUCUAA